CAUUAAAGAGGAACAGGAGGAACCUUGGACCAAUCAGGAGGGAGAGCAGCUUCAACAACUGGAGGAGGCUGAUAUCAAGUUCACAUUGACUCCUUUUGCUGUGAAGAGUGAAGAAAACGAAGAGAAACCUCAGUCGUCACAGCUUCAUCAGAGUCAGAAUGAGGAGAACAGAGCGGACGGUGGAAAACCAGAACCAGCCAGGAACUCAGGUCCUGAUGGAUAUUUACAACCAGGUUCUGAGGACAAGACCGAAGACUCUUCUGAGACUGAAGACAGUGAAGAUGAUUGGAUGGAGACCAGGGAGCCUCAGUCUGGUUUGAAUAUAAGAAACAACAAACAGCCUUUAAGUGAUAUGAGAUGUAAAACUGAUAAGAAACCAUUUAGUUGUUCUGAAUGUGGUAAAACAUUUAGCCGAAAACAAAUGCUGAAUGUACAUAUGACGAUUCAUACGGGAGAGAAACCAUUUGGUUGCUCUGAGUGUGGCAAAAGAUUUAGACUAAAGGCCAAGCUAACUGUACAUAUGAAAAUUCAUACAGGAGAGAAACCAUUUAGUUGCUCUGAGUGUGGUAAAAGAUUUAGAGUAAAGGACAAGCUAACUGUACAUAUGACAAUACAUAAAGAAGAGAGACCAUUUAGUUGCUCUGAGUGUGGUUAUAGAUUUAGACGAAAGGACCAGCUAACUGUACAUAUGAAGACUCAUACAUUAGAGAAAUCACUUAGUUGCUCUGAGUGUGGUUAUAGAUGUAACCACAAACAUUAUUUAAAGUUACAUAUGAGAAUUCAUACAGGAGAGAAACCAUAUAAUUGUUCUGAAUGUGGUAAAACAUUUAGAUAUAAGAACCAGCUGAAUGUACAUAUGAUUAUUCAUACAGGAAACAAACCAUUUGGUUGCUCUGAGUGUGGUAAAGCAUUUCAACAAAAAUCUGAGGUAAUUUCACACAUGGCAGUUCAUACUGGAGAGAAACCAUUGGGUUGCUCUGAGUGUGGUAAAAGAUUUAUACAAAAGAACCAGCUGAAUGUACAUAUGAGGAUUCAUACAGGAGAGAAACCCUUUAGUUGCACUCAAUGUGCUGAAAGAUUUAGACUUAAGCACCAGCUGAAUGUACAUAUGAGGAUUCAUACAAGAGAGAAACCAUUUGUUGCUCUGAGUGGUAAAUGUCGACUGGAAGCAACACAAGUGUGAAUACAGGGUUUCGGACUAAUUAUAAAUUAUUAGCGCUGCUGUUUCAGGAUCAGAACAGAAGCAGCGGUUGGUUUGUAUCGUGUCAGAGUCUGAGUGUCGUCCUCCACACUCACUGACCUGAGCUCACUUUACUUUUUCGCCAUCAACACCAACACUCAUCAAAAGUUAUUAGAACCUGAACAGAACUGAACUUUACUUUGUGUUUGUUUGAUUCACUCCAGAGUUUAAGAGAGAGACACACACCCACUAACAUAAUACAAUAGAAACCUAAAAGUUGAUCUAAAUCAUAACCAUUCACUUUACUGAGCUGGUUAAAUGUAUUCUGGGCCAAAUGUUUCAAAUUUAUUAAAGACCAAGUUUUAUAAACA